UUUCUGUCACAAGAUAAGAAGUGUUAGUACAUAGAUAUACCAAAUUAGGUUUAUAUGUCGAUAAGAAUGUUUAAAGGCCUGAUCCUAUGUGUGUUUGUUUGGAUCAAGAACAGUAAUCUUAGUGAUGCAGCUUGUUUAGAUUGUAAGGGGAUUUCCCAACCAGAGGAUUGUGCUGUUGUAACACGAUGUGGACCUCAUGAGCAAUGUAGCGUUGAAGAAUAUGUUACGAACGAUGGUAAUACACUAUACGAUGUUGGGUGUAAAGACACUCAGAGAUGCAAUUUGAACGGCUUUGGGCGAAGACAGGCUAACACGACAGCAAGUAUCAAACGUGAAAUUGGCACUGUUGUUUGUUCUGAAUGCUGCAAUUCAAGAUUGUUUCCUUUAUGUAACAUAGCUGGAUGUGGAAUCAAGAAACCAACACUUCCAGUAGGCUCAAAGAUCUGUUAUAAGUGUCCAAUUUCUAUACACCCGGACGAAUGCACUCAGUUAACUCUAUGUAAUAAAAAUCAGUCCUGCUUUAUAACAGAGACUAACAACCUUUUGGGACAUCAUCGAUGGCAACAUGGCUGCAUAGACAAACAGAGUUGUCCUUCACAAUCAAGCUCUGCGUCCUCACCUUGUUCGUAUUGUUGUGAUAUGGAUGUAUGUAACGAUCAGUGUAACAAAACAACAGUAACCAAACCAACUUUAAAACCGUCAACUUCUUCUAUGACUCCCCUUACAGUAAGGUCAACGACAUCCACGAUUUCAUCAACAAGCACUCAAGCAUCAAUCAUGACACCAACGUUACCAACACAAACUCAUAAAACGACAACGAUUUCAAUUUUUAAAACAACUGCAAUGUCAACUGCUCAAUCAACAACAAUUUCAACUCUUCAAACGACGGCGAUUCCAACAGUCCAACCUACAACAAUAUCAACACUUCAAACGACGUCGAUUCCAACUGUCAAAUCUACAACAAUGUCAAUUUCAACAAUUACAGCGAUUCCAACUGCCGCAUCUACAACAAUACCAACUAAAACAACGACAACGAUUUCGACUCGUCGGUCAACGACAGCUAAACGAUUAUCAUCUACUAUUGAUACAUCAACACGUUUAAAUAAUACAACAGCAAAGCAGGCGACAUUGAGUAGUCCGAUUAUUAUUGAUGUCACCAGAAAUCCACAAGUGGUUCAUUUUGGUAACAAGGUCACCAUCAGCUGUACAGCCAUCGGUUAUCCGCCACCUAUUUACAAUUUCAAAUUCAAGGACGGACCGCUACCAAAUAAUGCACGUGCGACAGGAAAUACGUUAACAAUACUAAACUUUGUGUCUACUAAUGCAGGAAAUUAUGAAUGCAUAGCUACUAAUACAGAAGGAACUGGGAAUUAUGGCGUACAUAUUCAGGCAUUUCUUUGAUAAAAUUAUAUUUAUUUU